UUGCAGCAAACAUCCAACGGCCACGCGGAGCCGCGCCCGUGGGCCAUGGAUGAUGCAUGCAAGCCGCGAGUGGUGAAGGAUCCAGCGCAAACCAAGCCGGAGGGCUGGACACGCUUCGUUUGCUUCAGCGAUACGCACGGCUUCCAUGGUCGCAUUCCGGAGUACCAUCAACCCGCCGCAGAUGUGCUUCUCCAUGCAGGCGACUUCACCAUGCAAGGCGAAAUAGCGAAGGUACAGAGCUUUGCCGAGUGGUUGAAGGCCUACCCCGCCCGGGAGAAGCUGGUCAUUGCAGGAAACCACGAUCUCAGCUUCGACCCGGCCUAUUGUCUCUCGCAUAUGCAGAAGACCUCCAUGUGUGAAGAGGCGAAAGCAGCACUGGAAGGCAGUUGUCGAUACCUGGAAGAUGAGAUGGUGGAAGUUCUAGGGUAUCACAUUUAUGGCUCACCCUGGCAGCCUGAGUUCUGCUCCUGGGCCUUUGGCUUACCACGUGGGGAGCCGCUCGCGCAGGUUUGGGAGAAGAUGCCGGACCGUGUGGACGUUCUCAUGACCCACGGCCCAGCUCACUGUAUCCUGGACUUGUGCUCAAGUGGCAUCCAUGCCGGCUGUGAAGAGCUGUUGAAAGCCAUCAGGCCUAUGGCGUUGAAGAAGUUGGGAAGACACUCUUCCUGAACGCCUCCACAUGCACGUUGUCCUACAGGCCGACGAACCGCCCCUUGCUCCUGGACCUGCCACCACCUGAGCUCCUCCACGCGGUAGACCGAGUAGACCAAGACGUGGAGG